CUUUUUAAAAUUGAUGUGAGAAGUUGCACAAACUGCAGCAGAGUAGAAAGAGUGAAGAUGUCUGCAGAAACAUAAUAUUGUAACCCUUUUACUACAAGAAGGAACCACUAUAAAAAUCCUGGGAACAUAGGGCUGUAGCUGUGGCAAACUUUAUGAAUUUGCCUAGGUGUCGGAUAGCCGUAAAGAAAAUCUCAUUUUCUGCAUGAUGGGGGUUGUGGGAGAGGAGUGUAACCCCUCUGUUUAAGAAAUAAACGUAACUUCAAGCCUCAGUGAAUUAAACACCGGUUGAAAUGUAGCAUGAUGAACUCUGCAACAACAAAGACAAAUCGACCUUGUAUGAAAAUAAAAUGGGACUGUGAAAUAAAUAAUAGCAUGUACUUUAAAAAGGGAUGAAGUUAGUGGCAUCUGUUUAUGGACUAUAUAAACAUUGUAGGUUAGUCGCUGUAGAGUGAUGUAGUUGAUCUUCUGUCCAGCCAUUCAAUGGUAUUGUAGAAUUGUUAUGUUUAUGUUAUUUUGAGUAGGUGCGGUAUUUAUUAUAAAUUUACUGACAAAAACAUAGGCAAACAUGUCAGCAAGAGGUGGAAAGAAACGUCAGAAAGCAAUGUCUAAGUCGCAGAGAGCUAACGUGACAUUUCCGGUGGGGCGGAUGCACCGGUAUUUGAAGAUGGGGACCCACCGUUUGCGUAUUGGAGUCGGCUCUCCGGUGUACAUGGCAGCCGUCAUCGAAUAUCUUACAGCUGAAGUUUUGGAGUUAGCAGGAAAUGCUGCAAGGGACAACAGAAAAGGACGGAUAACACCGAGACACAUUCUACUGGCUGUUGCAAAUGAUGAGGAAUUACACUUGUUACUGAAGAAUGUGACAAUAGCAUCAGGUGGUGUUCUACCGAAGAUCCACCCAGAGCUGUUAGCAAAGAAGAAAGGUGGGAAGUUUGUGAUGGGCAACAAUAUGCCACUUACAGUUCCAUACAAGAAGCCCAUUGCUACAAAGCCCAUAUCACACCACAAGAAACCGUCACCACCAGUACCCGCAUCAAGUGGUGUUCGGACUAAGAAAGCAUCUAGUUCCUCAGCAGUGAAAACUGGCAAAGGGAAGGGCAAAGCAAAGGAAACAAGUACUAACAGCACCACAGCUGGAACUGGGGUGACUAUAUUGUCGGAGAAGAAGCUGUUCCUUGGGCAGAAGCUCACAGUUGUGCAAGGAGACAUCACCAACAUAACUGCAGAUGCACUGGUCCACCCGACAAAUACCAGCUUUGCAAUGAUGGGCGACGUGGGGCAGGCACUAGAAAAAAAAGGAGGAAAGGAGUUCUUGCAAGAAGUACAUGACCUGCGCUCUUCCCACGGUUCCCUCGACUCCACCACAGCAGCAGUAUGUUCAGGUCACAAUUUCCCAGCGAAAUGGGUUAUUCAUGUGAAUGGACCUUCAUGGAAUGAAGUAGAUUCAACUGAUAAGUUGGAGAAGACCGUGAAGAACUGUCUGACAUUAGCUGAUCAGAAGAAUCUGAAAUCAUUAGCCAUACCUGCUAUAGGUAGUGGGAGGGCUGGCUUUCCAAAGCAGCAGGCUGCUCAGACCAUCUUGAAAGCGAUCAGCAACUAUUUUGUAAAUGUGAUGUCUUCUUCACUCAAACAGAUCUAUUUCGUGCUGUUUGAUAUGGAAAGCAUCGGAAUCUAUACUGCAGAACUUGCGAAGCUGGACUCAUAGAAUACAAUGUUAAUUUACCAGAGUGCUUAGCAAAGAAGUUGGGAAGAAAUCUGAUUUGUUUCUGCUAGUAUUAAUUUAGUGCCCAGAUUAUAAGAGAAUUCCAAAGCAAGUAUUGGUGCAACAUUUAGUUUGUUUAGAAAUAGUCAUACUAUUUUAAAUAUAACAAGUCUGGAAAGUAAAUAAUAAUGCAAAAGUAUGUUGUUUUGUGACACUAACUCUUAGCUGCACCUAAUGCAACAUGACAGUAAAAUUAAAUUGUCCCUGUUGCAUAUAACAUUUUCAAAUAGUAUUUAAAAAAAUACUCACACAUAUACUGAAUUCAAAUGAAAUUUAUUUUUCAAAUUGGUAGAAUUUUAAGAUGUAUUCUGUUUCCAGCACCUACAUAAUUUGACACAUAUAUCUGAAGAUUCUGGUUUUAUCAGCUAAGAGUUUGUAUUGUGUAAAGAGGGCUUCAGUUAACUAGUCUUGAUUGUGUAGAUACAGUGAAAUUAAAUGGCACAGAAAAAGGUUACAGUGUAAGCCUUUUAUGUGAUGUUAAUUGUAUUUAGCUAGUCAUGUUGUCAUGGAACUUUGAUCAAAAUUUAUUGUAUUGUUUAGAAGACAUUUUCUAGAGAAUUUUAUUUCAUAGAGUAGCUUAAUAAAGAACUGAAAUGAUGUGGGGUUACAUCCAUGUUCAUAAUGAUGGUGUUCCUGUUAUUAAUCAUUGAGCAUUGUGUAAACUGUAAUGUGGUUAAUGGUAAUUUCUUUAAAAACAUACUUGUACAUAUUGUGUGUUUGUCUAUGAGUUUGCUGAAUGUGUAUUAAUUAUGACCAAGUAUUUUUACACUUCAUAAUGAAUUUUUAAAUAGUGCACAUGUAUAUGUGUGUGUGUGUGUGUGUGUGCAUAUUGUAUGUGCUUAUUAUGGUGCCAUGUCUUUUUAAUAUCAGUUCUGUAUUAUAUUAUACUUCAUCGCUUCAGUGGAAAAAGAAAAGUGGAGUGGAUUUGUUGUAAUUCUAUUUAUAUGGUUUACUUUUCAACUGAGUUUAGGAUAAAAAGUAAUAACUUAUUCAAUACGUUGAAUGGGUACAGUAGACUGGAUGGCUGGCUGACAGGGAUGUUAAAAAUAUUCACUUUAUCAUAUUUCAUAAUUUGUAACUGGGAUGGGAAGAAGGAAAAUCAUUUUUAUCUCAGAUUGUAGAAUUAUAUAUCAAAAAAGAUAGUAAUUAGCAUUUAUUAAGAUAUAAUAAAAUGUUUUUAUAUAACAUAAUUUGUACAGAUAAUUCAUGAGAUUUGUUUACAACUUUCUGUGAUUGCACAGACAAACUAAUGGCAUGCAUGUUUAAAAAAUAUGUAAAUUAAUUUCUAAAACCAACUAACCAUACAGUUGCUGAAAUUAACAGCUGAGUUCAAUAACAGUAACAGUAAAAAUUCAAACAUGUGCCAAAGUGAUACACUAUAUUUCUUGUAUAGUAAAUUAACAAGUAUAGCUCAAACAAGAUGUGAAGCUUAGAUUGACUGCAUAGCAGAGAUUUGGUGUGCUUAUAUCUAAACAUUAGUAUAUAUAAGUUAUAUCUGUAGGAAUUCUUUUUGCUCAAAUAAAAUAUAACAAAUUAAAAAAUGGCUCAUAUAAAAAAUAUAUACAUAAAGUGAAACAUAUCAUAAAGGUCUGUAACUUUCAUUUGAUUUUUUGUUUGUUAUUUAAUGAGAUAUGAGAAGUAUACUAAUCCUGAUUUUAGUCCAUAAUAGGAUCUUUUAUUAAGAAUUUUACCAGAAUUUGAUAAAGACCUCUGAACAUUAAUGUGCAACAGACAAUAUGUGAUAUGUUCACAGAACAGGAGUGUGCAACUGUAAGAUACAGAGUUCAGAGCAGGCCAGCUUCAAAGUUUGGUGUAAAUUAUGGUUAAUUUAACUGCUCACCAUUAAUGUAAUAACUUAGUACCAAAAUUAAAAACAGAUAUAAGGUACAUAAAGUGGUGUUAAAAAGUAAAGUAUAGUCACACAUCACAGCAUUUCCUUUUGAGUUAAAUACUGUUUGAAAUUUAAAAUUAUUAGUAAUAUACUCAGAGUGACUGACUACAAAGCUAUAAUUCUGGUAAAUUAAUCAAAUUAAACUUUACUAUUUCAGGCACUAAGAAACAAAAUGCUUCAACAUGACCAUGUGUGUUCCAAACUUUGGUGCUUUCAUUGACUUGUCUUUUUCUUUAAUUCUUAGUUUUAAUUUUAAGUUAGUUGGUUUUGGAAGGGAAUUUCACUUUUCCAAAUGUGUUGUGUUUUAUGGAUAUUCACUGCCAAAAUGUAUAAGAAUUACGCUGUGAACAUUGUGUUCAUGUAUUUAGUAAGACUAUUCUUUCAUAUUUACAUACUUUCCUUAAAACAUCAUGAAUAUAGUGUUAUGUUCUUUUGAAGUUUUUAUUUUCAUCUAUAUACUGAAAUGAAUUGUUGGCUUAGUGAGACACUUGUCAUAGAUUGUAAGAAAAUUAUACAGCAUAUUUGAAAUGAGCUGGAGCCACGUAUAAAUAUCGGAGGUCCAUUCUGGAUAUAAACAUAAUGCAGUUUAAUUUGUCUUUUUUGACAUUUAACACACUAACUACUAGUACAUAAUUACUAUGCCUAAGCUUUGCUACCAGGGUGUUUGGUUAGAACUGUGAUUUAGGAAACUGGCUCAUUGUACUAAACAUUUGUAAAUAAUAUAAAAUAAAUAACACUAUCAUUAUUAUCUUUCAGUUUUCAAGGAAUUCCAUCAUUAACACAUAACUGAACAAACAUAGAUUAAAGCAAUGCAUUUGCCAUUGUGUACCACCCCCAGAUUACAGAUACUGUUAUUGCUUUGUGUGGUGGAUCAAAAGAAAUCACAUAGAAACCCCCCAAAAAUUAUUUUAAUUGCAGUAUACUAGAUCAGAAAUCUCCCGGCAGAACAAACAAGUGUUAAUCAUACUUUCCAGUCAUGGUAGUAUGGGUAGUAAGUGUGUUAAAGGCAGUAUGUCACUAUAAAAAGGAGAGAAACAUUGUGUAGAUUUAAUAUGUACGAAAUGGGAAGUCAUGGUUUCUAACAUUUUCUAAUUCAAGCACUGGUGUCAGUAACUUCAAUAUAUUAUACACCAUUGAAAAGUAAUGUUACUAUAAAUAUUUAAUUAUUGUGCAGAAGUGUUCGAAGUAUGUAAUUGUUACAUUCCUGUUACAGACCUGUUUAAAUUGUGUUAAAUCACAAUUCCUAUUUGUAUCCUGUGCAGGUUUAGUGCUCACAGAACUAAAGUUUGUUUGGUCAAAGAUGUUUAUGUACAUUUAAUCUCUUAUGAGAAACAUUUAGAUGAAUGAUUUUUGUGCAGUGCAUGUGAUUGUUGUAUGGAUAACUUUGAUAAUUGGUUGGGUAAAACAGAAUUUAGAGUGGUGAAAGUAAAUGGAUAAUAAAAUAUUGAUAUGUCACGGGGUUGGGUAAGGAAUAAGUGAGUUUCUUGAAAUUACCGUAUGUUUUAAUAUAUAUUAAAAAUAUCAGUUGCUAUGGGAACAUAAAUUAAUACAAAUUGUGCCCUUUAAAAGUAUUGUCAUUCAAGUGUAGUGCUGGACAGACCAGGGUGCCUCUGUCCUAUGUCACUAUUUUUAUACCAGUGUAACUGUUACCAUAUGGUUCUGGACAGGGAAAUUGAGACUGACAUUUACAUAUUGGAAGGAUGAAAGUUAAAACUUGUUUCAGAUGUGACAGUUGCUUACCUAAUUCAUUCUAAAGCAAAAGAUUUUAGUUGUGCUUCCAGACCUUGUAUGUGUGUACAUAUGAAUAAAUGGAAAGUUGUUUAAACAUU